AUGAGCAUUAACGGCUACAACCACCAUUUUCACCGCCUCAUCUCUCCCUCCCACCUCUUCGCCGUCGUCGUCGCCGGGCCGCGCCGAUCGAUGGCCACGACAGUCGCCGCCGCCGCCGCCGCUCCCUCCUCUGCGGCCACCGGCAGCAACAGCCGCCACCGCGGCGGGGGCGGCGCUGCUUACACGGCGAUCAAGGAGAGAGUCGUGUUCGAGAGGGAAGUCAAGAAGAGCAAAUUCAUCGCGAUCGCCGGCCCUGUCUCCGACGAGCAGUCCGCCUUCUCGUUUCUCUCCCAGGUUAGGGAUCCGCGUGCGACUCAUAAUUGUUGGGCUUAUAAGGUGGGAGAUCAGUUCCGGUCUAAUGACGACGGUGAACCGUCGGGUACUGCUGGAAAACCUAUUUACUCUGCUAUUGAAUCUUCGGGGAUCGAUAGAGUGAUGGUUGUAGUUAUAAGGCACUUUGGAGGUAUUAAACUAGGUACGGGAGGGCUGGUGAGAGCAUACGGUGGAGUGGCAUCAGAGUGCUUAAAGAAUGCCCCAACUUGUCUGGUGAAAUCUAAAGUUCCAAUGGGUGUGGAGAUUCCUUAUGAGCUAUUGGGAGUUCUAUAUCAUCAGUUACAAGCUUUCCAUGCUGAGGACAUCAAGCAGGACUAUGAGACUGGUAAAGACGUUACCACCAUGGUUACCUUCAAGGUUGAUUAUGACCAGAUGGAGAAAUUGGAAGAAGCUAUCAAAGCAAAUUGUGGUCGUGAUAUUCCAUUGUAUAAAUCCUGACUGAGUCUUGCUCAUCUAUCUUCUCUGAGGACAGUCUUGUCCAUGCGUCUGAUCCUGUAAUGACAGGAUGCAGGUAAAUAAUAGGUGGGUAGGUGCUCUCUCUUGAUUAUGGUUACUGAGACAGUGGCCUGUUAUUGAUCUCGCUUGACUAUCCCAAGUUGAAGAACUCCCAAAGGAUUGAUUUACUUGCAUGGUGGAGUCAUUCCGGAGAUUCUGUUGGAUUGAUCAGACAAGAGGAGACACCUCAUGCAAUUGCCUUGGAGGCAAUUGUUUUUUUAUCAGAAGGGGCAAAGAUUCUUUUGCUGCACAUUGCAUCUUGGUUUUACAUCCAAUCCUAAAUUAGAGAGUAGGUUACUCAUAUUCUGUGCAAAUAAGGAUGUAGCCGGCUAUGUAGCUAAUGACACCGUUUUAUGAAGUUUUUGACAUUUUCCUGGGCUUUCCUGAUACUGAAGACAACCAAUUUGGUUCUUCA